AUGUCUUCAUCAAGCGGGGAAAGCAAACGAGAAAUACAGAAAAAAUAUCAUAUCAAGAAAUAUGCCGAUGAGCUUGACGACUAUAUUUUCAUGACUGAAGAGUGGAUCACCAAUUGGUUCGCUCAUAUCGGAGCCUUUUUCUCGCGCAGUGACUGGAAUACUCACGUUGCUCUGAUCAUUUAUCCGAUUAAAUAUUAUUAUAAUGAUAAUGGUGCAGAAAUGGUGAAAAUCGAUGUUCGAAAAAAUCGGGAUUUCAGGGAAUGGUACGAAUACCCUCUUCAUAAAGUUGCAAAAUUGCCAGACGACCCAGAAGAAAGGAAGAAAUUGAAGGAACUCUUUUAUGACACGUUCGUCGAGAUGCAAAAAACUUGGACACACGAAAACUAUGACUGGUCGAACAGAAAUUGUCAACAUUUUAUGAAGGUUCUGUUCGAAAAAUGCUGCAAAAAGAAGCUCCCGAAAAACAUCCAGAAUUUCGUUUACUAUCAUGAUUACUACAAAUUUGCCGAGCACGCAAAAAAAUGA